CGGGGUGAUGACGCGGUGUCUGCGACGCCAUGGCGGCUAACGCGAGCGAGCUGGAAGUUGCUAAGAAGAAUUUAACAGAAGCAGUUGGAGACAACAUCAAACACUAUUGGGCCAACCUGAAACUGUGGUUCAAACAAAAGAUCAGUAAAGAAGAGUUUGACGUUGAGGCACGUCGUCUCUUGGCGCAGGAGAACGUUCAUGUUCACAACGAUUUCCUCCUCGCCAUUCUCACACGAUGCCAGAUCAUUGUUUCUGCACCAGAAGGUGCAGGGACUUUGCAGUGGCAAGGUAGCUGCGCUUCCAAGCUUGGCAAGCCAAAAGGGAAGAAGAAAUGUUCCUCGAGACAAAAAUUUGAUCAUCGCUUCCAGCCUCACAACCCUCUCAGUGCUGCCCAGCCGUUCAGCCCUCGAGAGGUGGGAGGUGAGGAAGAGGAGCUGCGGUUCAGCGCCCACACUCUGCUGCUGCCCACACGGGGGCAGCUGGAGGCCCGGAUGAUGGUCUCCGCCUUCGAGCUGGGCCUGGAUAAUAUCUCAGAAGAUGCCAUCAGCACCAUGGUUCAUGCCGUUGAGCACCAUUUGAAAGAUGUCCUGACUGCGGUAAUCACCCGGAGGAAAGCUUACCGGUUACGAGAUGGCCAUUUCCCCUACGCCUUCGGCAGUGAUGUCACACCUCAGCCGUAUCUUAAAAACAGCCUUGCCGCUUACCAAAGUGUCAGCGAAUGCCCUCCUCCCAAUGCGUCCCUCCCCGCGGGCCCUCCACCUCAGGUGUCCCCUGAUGAAGCUGAGCGGAAAGCCGUCCACCUGCUGGCCUGCUCUGCGGACAGUCUCCCGGUCUCACUGCCUCCCAUCAGCAUGUUUGACCUCCUCGAGGCGUUGCAGGUUCAUCGCGGGGUGAUGCCCUCCCACACCAUGUACGCCCUGAACAUGGAGCGCAUCCUUUCCCGGCUGUGGCACCCGAGCCACGAAGAACUGGAGCAGGACCACGUGCACCGGCAGCGGCUGGCCGCUAAAGACGGCAUGCUGGUCAGCUGAGAACCACUGACGCUGGACUGUAACAGGAAACCAAAACAAAGUCAAUCCCCAAAUGCAAAUAAAUGGGGAGUGGUGUGUCGGGAAAGCAAAGGAAGAGAAAAAAAAAACAAAUCAAGUCCCACUUGUGUUGCACUGAAAACUGGGCCACGACUGAAGCAGGAUGAAACAAAGCAGCUGGAGAGCCUUCAGUGAGGCAAAUGUAGUUAUUUUUACUUGAUAAGUCAUUUUUCCUGCCAGAAAUCCUUCAGUAUGGUCUGUUAUUUGUGUUGGAUAGUUCAUAAAGAUUGCAAUUUGGUUAAGAUAUUUACUGUUUACUUUUACUUUGAACAGUAUUGAAAAAGAAAAUAAGAUUUCAGCCCAAGUUGCAGUUUGAGUUGUAUACAUUUUUGAAUAAGAAAUCUUUAUUAUUUCCUGAACUCUAACUUGUAAAGCCCCCUGUAACUAUAAAACAGUCCAAACAUUAUCCAGGCCCCUGAAACACUAUGGGUUAAAAUAUUACAAAUAUAUCAAAUAUGUUGUGGGCAUUGCAGGUCUUUAUUGUGAUUCAAUAUCAAUUUAUUAAACUGAUCGUAGGACUAUCAAGAGGGUUUCAUGAGCUCCUCUAAAUAUGAUUUUAAAAAAGUCAAUUUGUACCAACAAGUGCAACUAAGAAGUCUGGAAAAGACUUAACUGAGUUGUGGGUGACGGCAUGCUUUCUGCUGGGGCUUGUCUGUACUUUUACAUAUAUACACACCUUCUUGUAUAUACUAAACAUUUGUACUUUUUUCUAUUCCGUGUUUGUUAUAUAUGUUGAGGUAAUAAAACUCCAGAGUUUGCUGUUGAGUGA